AUGACUAAAAAGGCGAAUGACUUGACAUUCCAAGUUGAUCAACUCACUGAUGAGAAGAAGAAUGAAAAUGAUUUAGAGGAAAUGGACAAGAUGAUCAACGACUUGAAUGCCGAUGUCGACAUGGCACAGAAACAACUUGACACUUCAAAUGAUGACAAAGAUGGCAAUGAAGCGAUGAAACAGAAAUACCAAGACAAACUGAAGAGCAUUAGAACUGAACGUGAUCAAGAAAACAAAGACCAUGCCAAGACCCAAUUGAUUAAAGGCAAGUACGAGAAAGAUAUCGCUGAAAUCAUAAGGUUCAUUUGCUCGGCAAAUGUUUGUUUGCCCAACUGUAUUCCAAAACUAAAUAAUCAAUAA